GCCUCUUUCAUACCAGAAUUACAAAAAGACCUAGAAAAUAUUAAACCACCCCUUAAACAUGGACCUAGACAUACAACCCGCCUCGUCCACUACGGGCACACAACCAGACCCUCCACCCCCCCAACCGCUCCCACCAACAAACACAAUGCACGAACUCCCCAUCCAACCGCGGGGCCUCCUCUGGCAAACCGACUUCAUCACGCCCGCCCACGAAGCCACCCUUCUCCAAUUCUUCCGGCACGACCUGCAAUGGCCCACCCGCCCCGGCCGCAUCUCCUUACACUAUGGCUACACCUUCGACUACAAGACCUUCAACAUCGACCCGGCCAUCCCCUACCGCCCGUUCCCGGACUGGCUGGUCCCGUUGCUCCCGGCCCGCGAGCCCCGCGCCCCGGACCAGGUCUGCCUGCAGUAUUACCCGCCGGGGGCGGGGAUCCCGCCGCACGUGGACGCCCACGGGCCGUACGACCAGCUCUACGCGCUGUCGCUGGGCGCCCCCGUGCUGAUGGAGUUCCGGCGCGGGGACGAGCGGGUGGAGGUCGACUGCGAGCCGCGCAGUUUGAUGUGUAUGAGUGGCGAUGCCAGGCUGUUCUGGACGCAUGGGAUUAAGAAGCGGAAGACCGAUGUUGUAUCCCUGGACGGUGGGGAGACGCGGGUGAGGGCUAGGGGGGAGCGGUGGAGUAUUACGUAUCGGUGGUUGCGGGAGGGCGGGGAGUGCGAGUGUGGGGAUUUGCGGCUCUGUGAUACCGCGCAGCGGCGGGCCGGGGUCGAGAAGGAGAAGAGGUCGGUGGUUGCGUUGAGGGAGGCAGCGGAAGCUGCUGGUGGUGGUGAGGAUGAGGGGAAGGGGAAGGGAAGGGGGAAGGGGGAGGGGGAGGAUGGUGAUGAGAGUUGA